CUACUUCCGUACGAGCGCGAACCGUGACGCGACUCCCGCUACGCUCCACGCUUGUGCCGUGUAUGUAUGUGUGAUGGACUAUUUCACUGAACUGAUAAUGAUACAACACAGUUGAAUGGAUAGAAAUACUGUUCUGAGAAAACCGGCGAGUUCGAACAUGUAUUACGGAACGUGCAUAGUGCUGCGUUAAAAAACUAUGCUGAUAGUUGGUGUUUCUUUUAGAAGACGUAAAUUGAAAAGGUGAUCGGUGGUUAGAAAACGUUGAACUUUGUGUUAUGUGCAUUUUGCCGUGCUAAGCAAGCUGUCGGCUGGCGAAAAGCUGGGGCCCGAGGCGUUAGACGCCUCCGCACACGCAACUCAACUGCAGACGAUGACCUCUACAAUGGGAAUAAUGACACUCAGCCGCGGCCCGUGUGACCUCGACAACAUGAGUCUGUUCCAAGACCUCAAAUUGAAGAGGCGGAAAGUUGACUCCCGAUGUAGUAGCGAUGGCGAGUCGGCAGCGGACACAAGCACGUCUUCGCCGGACCCUGGCCCGCCGUCGCCGCGCAUGGCAGACGCCGGCUGCAGCACGCCGCCGCACCCGCCGCCCGUGUUUGAUGGCGGUGGCUCACCCUCACCCUCUCCUGCAGCCUGCCACCCAACCGUUAUUCGCUCCGCCCCACCUAACUCCGUCAUUAAGUUUGAAGGUGCACCUGCACCCAUUAAAAUUGAAAUCUCUUCUGCUGGAAAGCAUGACUCUUCCCCAUCCUCCCAUUAUUCAUCUGUCAAAUUAGAAGGGCCACCCCCAGAUCACCCGCAUUCCUAUAGACCUCGCGCCCUCGCUCCUCCCCCGCCAAGUCCCCACGCCUCUUUAUCGCCAAAUCAUUGGCCUCCCGCAGCUUGUAUUAAUGGGGUAAAACCUGAACUCAUCGGCGGUCAUUUUCCACCACAACCAUUAGAACCAAAAGGCGCAAGAAGUUCGACACAAUGGAGAGGAGCACCCGCAGUGAUUAUGGGCGAAUCUGGUGGAGUCCGGACAAUGUUCUGGACUCUUCCUGCACCUACUUCUGGCGGAGAACCAUCUCCGGGAGCUUCUCACACUCCAACACCACCUGCAUCAGAUCCUAACACAUGUAGUGAAGAAUCAGCAGCUCGACUUUUGUUAAAUCUAGGAGGUGAGUUAAGGCGAACUCAAGGGCCAAGACUAAACAUGGAACUAUUGUGGGCUGGGGACGUUUCCCAAUUACCGGCUCAUCAGCAAAUACAUGCCUUAAAUCUUAGUGCUGCUGCUGGAGGAGUUCCUGGUAUUUCAAAUGUACCAAAUCCAAGUCCCUUAGCACCACGACCCGAGUUAAGAACAUAUGCACCUGAGGCUGAGCGUGAUGAAGAUGAACAGCCGAUGAUCUGCAUGAUUUGUGAAGAUAAGGCGACUGGUCUCCACUAUGGUAUUAUAACUUGUGAGGGUUGCAAGGGUUUCUUUAAAAGAACUGUGCAGAAUAGACGAGUAUAUACAUGUGUGGCUGAUGGAGGCUGUGAAAUAACAAAAGCGCAAAGAAAUAGAUGCCAAUAUUGUCGCUUUAAAAAAUGUAUCGAACAAGGGAUGGUUUUACAAGCCGUGCGAGAAGAUCGUAUGCCUGGAGGUCGAAAUAGUGGUGCAGUGUACAAUUUAUAUAAGGUUAAAUACAAGAAACAUAAGAAGCCAAAAACAUCAACUGCAACGAGUAGGGCGUCUCCCCCAGAAAAACCUAAAGACCCUUUACCACCCCUCCCACCGAACCUCGUCAAUGGGACCAUACUUAAGACUGCUUUAACAAACCCAAGCGAGGUGGUUCACUUGAGAGCAAGACUGGAAAGUGCUGUGUCAUCGUCGAGAGAUCGAGCGAUACCUAUAGAUAGGGCCCUGCAUAUGAUCAGAUCACUGAUCGAUUGCGAUGCAAUGGAAGACAUCGCCACUGUACGCCAUUUACCUGAUCUCCUGCACGACACGUCAGAAAUAGGUGAUAAACUAUGUAAGAUUGGCGAUUCAAUCGUCCACAAGAUGGUCGCUUGGACGAAAAAAUUACCGUUCAUAAUGGAAAUUCCUAUGGAAAUACAUUCAAAACUAUUAAUGGAAAAAUGGCAUGAGAUCUCAGUAUUGACGACAGCGGCAUAUCAAGCAAUGCAUGGCAAACUAGCUCAUGCGCCACCUUCAUCAGACCACGAACAUGAUUUUAUGCAGGAGGUUAACGCAAAUCUUAGAACGUUACAAAACUGCUUAACAUCACUCAUGGGAAGACCAAUAACUCUAGAACAGCUAAGGCUGGACGUGGGUUUAGUGGUAGAGAAGAUGACCCAAAUCACUUGUGUCUUUAGGCGCAUCCAGCUUCGAAUGGAGGAGUACGUCUGCUUAAAAGUCUACAUUUUGUUAAAUCAGGAAGUUGAGUUGGAGGGAAUUCAGGAUCGAUAUGUGCAAGUUCUACGGAGUUAUUUAGAGCAUGCUGCGCCACAUCACCCUGGUAGACUACAAGAAUUAUUCGCAAGAAUACCGGAGAUACAGGCAGCGGCGAACUUGUUACUAGAAAGCAAAAUGUUCUACGUGCCGUUCGUGCUAAAUUCAGCUGAAAUCAGAUAGUAUAUGGCCGAGCAGGGUUUGUAGUUCUCGAUGUAUGAGCGACAACCUCGCUCCCGCCGCGCCCUUGUCUUAUGAAGCGGUUCGCGUCCACCACCUGUGUUCACCAACGCACCUAGCAAUGUUCCUACUUGUUUGAACACUGCGGUCUAGAACUUUCCCUCUAACAAACCCUUUAAACCGUGUUGUUGCCGUUUAUGGACGAUUUAUUUCGCGAUUCUUCAAUGAUUGUGCGACGAGUGUAGACGUUAUAUGUGUGUGAUGGGUGAAAAAUUAUAACGUCCCAAUUGACAGACUGAUUUAUGAUUAAUAGUUAUUUUUAGUAAGGGACUUGAAUGCGUGUUUUAUACGUGGUAGUGUAUACUACUUAGUGUUAAUUAGAAUAUAUAUUGCUAUUUAAAUUUGUCAAUCGGAGAACUGCAUAAUAUAUUCCUGUAAAUAUAGAAUAAGUUUUUGAUAGGUUAGUCGUUGUUUUUAGGAGUUGUUUCUUUGUAAAUUAAUAUUGCUGUUUUAGUUUGCAUUUUAUAUCUAGAGUUUAACCGGUAGAUUUAUUUUUUACUGGGUGUGUAUUAUCGGAAAAAUUUAGUUUAAUUUUGUAUGACUUAUUCAUGAUAGUAGCACUAAGGACUUAUUCUCAGUGUUUACCAAGACUGCUUGUAUACAAUUGUACUGUUUAAUCCUAACUUAUAUAGGAACUUGGCGCAGCUCGCGUUCUAAACUUAUACUUAGUCACAAGAUAUGCAUUUUUACUGCAAAGACUUCGCAUAAAAUUGUGCAAACUUUCCUUUGAUCUUUACCCUUGAACCGCAUGUAACUGUAACGUGUAAUACUUACGAAAGUUAAGAUAAAAUGUACUGUAUAUUGAACGACCUUUCAUAGCUUUACGUAUCCGUAAAAUUAUUUCAUAAAUACGUUUUGCCGUUUACUAUUGUAUAAUGUUAAUGUGUUCAAUUUAAAUAAGUUCUCAAUUCUUAAAUGUCCAGUCCGUUGCACACAAACCUGAAUCCACGCAAAAUAAUGAAAUAGUUUUCCUUCGAUUCAAAUUUAAAUACACAGACUGCGUGGUUUGCUAACACAAUUCAGUAGUUAUUAACCCAAUCAUUUCACAACAAGUGCUAUAAACAUAUCUGACCCAGUGAUGAACAUUUAUACUGUCAACUUUAUGAUCAGAUAGUUUAAUAGCACUGUAACUAUUUAUACCAUUAAACUAACAUUUUCUUUAACAUUUGUCGUCAUGAUACAUAAUUAUGAUUAAAUCACCUGAUAAGUACAUAAUUAUAUGUAGGGAUGUAAUAUACCACACAUUAGUCAUAAAAUCAUUGUAUUAAUUAGGCAUAACUAAAAUCCGGUAUAAUAGUGACACGCAAAAACUUUUUUUCUGUACGAAUUAUAAGUUGCUAAAGGAUAUUUGUCUGUUAGUAAUUUAAAUUAUAUUAAACUCAAAAAUAAAAUUUGGUCAACAUUGGUGAUACAAUUCUGUAAAACCUUCGAAAACUUCAGCGAAAAUCUAACUUUUCUGUCACUAUUGCGCCGGAUAAAUUAUUUUAAGAACUUUUCGAAAACCUAACAUACACUGUCAAUAAUCACUGCCUCCUUGUUUACUUCAUAUUGUUAACUAUAAAAUAGUGUAAAAACGUUCCAACAACGGUGAACAGUUACCAUUAGCUUUAGCGGCGGUUUAUGCCAACCUAAAAUUAAGUAAUACAACCAAAAAGUUCGUUGUAGGGACUUAGGUUCUAGGUUAAAAAUUUUGGCUACGUUUAAAAGAUUUUUAUGACAUAUUAAUACAUCAAUCAUCCCAUAUAUUUAUAACAUUAUUUCAUCAACAUUUUCAAUCAUACAUUGACCAUUACUCUCAUAAUUAAAUCAUGAAGUCCAACUGUUUUGAGUUAAACGACCCCUUUUUUAGUUCACUUCGAACUCAUUAUCACACAUUUCAUUAAUUAACCAGCUUUCAUUAAAAAUAUCGUAACGUUGUUGACAUAAAUCCGUAAAUACUGUAAAAAUUGUUUGUAUAAAUAAAUUAGGAAAUUCUGUUACCUGAAUGAGCGACUUACGUCCGUUCCUCAUCGUGUUACCAUUAGUUAAGUUUUAGGAUACAUUUUGUACAUAUUAAAAAAAACAACCAGUUAAAAAUACUGCCAUUUUAUGCCUAAAGUCAUGUUGUUGUUUAUUUAAUAAUUAGAUAUAUUAUAAAUUGAAACAGCGACAAAAUAUCGAAAUCGCCCGAUAUUUCAAACAAAUUCAAUAGAUCCAGGCACACUAUUGGCGAACAUUCAUUAUCCUAACAAAAUGGUGCUUUGGAUUUUGUAAUUUUGUCCAUAAAAAGGCUUAUCUACAUUCUGACUAAUGCAUAUUAAUUUAAUAUAUAACUUAAUCUAAUAAUUAGUUCUUAAAACACCAUCAACACGACGGUGUUGAAUCUAAAGUCUGAGGUAAGGAUGCCUUUAUAGAUUUUUAACAUGUAUCAAGUUAGAAUAACCGCGACUUGUUCGCUCGUCUUAUUCGUUAAUAUUAUAAGAAUUGACACUUAUUUUGUUAGUAAAAUAGUUUAUUCAGGAAAUUAAUGGCGAUGUAUCAAAGGAUAAUUAGAAUAUAAGAACGUUAUUUGUGUUGUACAAAGGAUAGUAUUAAUGAGAAAAUUGGCGCAUUACUGGCGAGUACCUAAUUAGAGUAGGACGUGAAAGCCUAUUGAGGCUAUAUUUUAGUACAUUAAAUUACCUACCAGAAGUAAUCAGUAAUCUGCUUUCUAAUACUGCGUUAGAUAAACAAAAUUUCAGGCCGUUAUAGUUAUUGCUUUGUAGAACUACCAUCGGAAUUGGUACCUUUGAUUAGUAAUCGAAUACUAAAAUUCUGUCUUUUAUAACCAUUUGUAAGAAAUGUUUUCUAUGGCAUUAUUUAUGUAUUUUUCUAUAAAUAUAAUUGUUGUAUUAUACACGGCGUAUAACAGUAUAGACUAACUUCUUAUAUUCAAAUACUUGUACACGUUUUGACAAUCUUGAAUCGUGUGUGCAUAUUGCCUAGAUAUUAUUGCGAAAAAUAAUUUGACUGAUAAAUUAAUUAAUCUUAGCUUAUGAUGUUAAUGUAUUUAUAAGUUUCAAAACUGCAUUUGACAUCCCUACAAUUCAUAAGAUAUUGUAGGAUUGACGACAUAUUUUCACAUUUUAGAGUAAGAUUGUUGUGUAUAGCGUUUCAUGUACGUAUUUCGGUAAAAUGGAGGGUUAACUGUACAUUACAUUAUAAUAUAAUUUAAUAGUUUCAAAACAAGCGAUUGUAAACCAUAAUAUUCUCUAUAUUAUAUAUUUGGAAACGUUGAUCAAGUGUUUUUGUAAUUACAUGUCACAUAUGAGCAAGUCCUAAGGCAUAUAAUAAUGUCUACAUAUUAUAUACAUUUAUUACUACAAGUUAUAUACUCCAUGUUUUACAUAAUCAUGUUCGUUAUGUUGACUCAAACACGUUCGCUUCAUGUUACUCGUUUUUUACGUAAAAAACACCAUAUAUAUAUUCACCACGCAGUCUCAUAAAAGUGCCUCAGAUUAAUGAUUCAUUGAGUGUUUACGUAAAUAGUUGGGCUCGCUCAAUUUCAAGACUUAUCGCUUUCAGUAGUUAUUUUUAAGUAACUUUUAACUGUAGAAAAUCACAUUAGCUGUCUGCUGUACUGUUCUCGAUGGAAAAGGCUGUUAUUCGACCAAGUUAACUGACUGUUUUUGAUGUAUUUAGAACUCUGACUCGUUCGAGUGGUGCGCCUGGUAAAGUUAAGAUUGUGUACUGGUUUGCCAAGAGAAGUUACCUACAGUUGUGUUUAGUUAGCAAUGCAAAACGUGUUUGUACUUUAAUUUGUUUUUUAGUUGUACUCUUGGAAAUCAAUGGUUAAUAACUUAAGAAAAUAAAAUGUAUGUGAAAUAA